AUGCAGCCUUCGCCCCCUCGCGAUCAUGUCACCGUCGGCAUCCUUGCUCUGCAAGGCGCUUUCGCUGAGCAUCAGGUGAUGCUGCAAAAGCUGUCGCUGAAGCGGCGCGUCGUCGUCGUCCUCGUGCGUCAACAAGAGGAUCUCGACAAGUGUGACUGCCUCAUCAUUCCCGGCGGAGAAUCGACCACUAUCGCGCUCCUCGCACGUCUCGCCGGGCUCCUUGAGCCGAUGCGCGAGUUCCUCAAGACCAAGCCCGUGUGGGGAACCUGCGCCGGCGCAAUACUCCUUGCACGCUGGGUCGAGGGCGCAAAGAAGGGCGGCCAGGAGCUCCUCGGAGGUAUCUCCAUUACCAUCGAGCGCAAUGGCUUCGGCUCUCAAGUCGAAUCCUUCGAGGCCCCGCUCGAGGUCGAGGGCCUCCGCGAAUCCAAUUGUGCCUUCCACGGCAUCUUCAUCCGGGCCCCGGUGGUGAUCGGUCUGAGCCCCUCCCCGACGGACCCACCCAUUCAGAUUCUGUCGCGCAUCUCGGCCUCCCUCCUCCCAGCCUCGCAGACCGUUGUUCCCAUAGACGAGGACGAUACAGACCCCCGUGAUCCACGAACGAUUGUCGCGCUGCGCCAGGGCCUCCACCUCCUCACGACGUUCCAUCCGGAGCUGACCAAGGACCACCGGUUCCACGAAUACUUUGUGCAAGAAUGCGUCCUUCCCACGCUCUCUAUCAGCUCGCCCCCGCCAGAGUAG